GUCGGCAGGGGCGUGGCUUAGGUGCGGGGGCCGCCGCGGCGGUACUACUACCGCGGUUAUUAACCGGGUUCGAAAGGGGUAACCGACUGGGGCUCGGUUGGGUGGUCCGGCGGAAAAGAUGGCGGAACAUCUUGGAAGCGCCAUCGCCGCCGAGAUGCGGCGCUGGCUCGGUACGAGCCUGGCCGACAUAGCGAAGUCGUUGGGCAGUUCGGAACAGGCGCUUCGCCUCAUCCUCUCAAUCUUCCUGGGAUACCCCUUUGCCUUGUUCCAACGCUACUUCCUUUUCCAGAAAAGUGACUACCUCAUUCACAUCUAUAAUACAAUAAUAGGACUUUCACUUGCUUACUUCAACUUUGGGCCACAGAUCUGUCACUCUCUCAUAUGUGUCUUCGUACAGUUUCUCAUCUUGAGGCUCAUGGGUCGCACAGUCACUGCCAUUGCCACUACCUUCUGCUUUCAGAUGACGUAUUUGAUGGCUGGCUAUUAUUUCACGACCACAGAGCACUAUGACAUCAAAUGGACCAUGCCACAUUGUGUCUUGGCUCUAAAGAUGAUUGGUUUGGUUAUUGAUUACUAUGAAGGCAGGAAGGAAGAGGAAUCCCUAGCCCCUGACCAAAAACAGUUUGCUGUCCGGGGAGUUCCUACUUUGCUUGAAGUCUCUGGCUUCGCCUAUUUCUAUGGUGCCUUCAUGGUGGGCCCUCAGUUCUCCAUGACACGAUAUCAGAAGUUGGUAAAGGGUGAGCUGACUGACGUUCCAGGCCAAAGACCCAACAGCUUUGUUCCUGCUCUUAAACGUCUACUUCUGGGCACUUCCUUCAUGAUAAUCUAUACUGUGGCAUCACCUUAUAUUGAUGAGGAAUAUCUUGUCUCUGAUGAUUAUAUGAAACAAUCCUUCUGGUUUCGCUGUUUUUAUAUAUUGAUCUGGGGCAAGAUAAUGCUUUACAAGUACGUUACCUGUUGGCUAGUGACGGAAGGAGUUUGCAUCUUAACUGGGCUAGGCUACAAUGGAAAGGAUGAAAAGGGGUUACCACAGUGGGAUGCUUGUGCCAACAUGAAAGUCUGGAUGUUUGAGACAACUCCUUAUUUUACAGGAACCAUUGCCUCCUUCAAUACUAACACCAACAAUUGGAUAGCCCGCUAUAUGUACAAACGCCUGAAAUUCCUAGGAAACAAGUUACUAUCGCAAGCUUUAUCUUUGCUUUUCCUGGCUGUCUGGCACGGGCUACACUGUGGGUAUCUAGUUUGCUUCCAAAUGGAGUUCCUGAUUGUCACUGUGGAGAGGCAGGCUAUUAAACUGGUAAAUGACAGUCCGUUUCUGUCUGCCUUGGCUUCAAACAUCAUCUUGAGGCCCUUCUUCUAUGUGAUUCAGCAAACUAUUCACUGGAUGUUCAUGGGAUAUUCUCUAGUACCAUUUUGCCUCUUUAGCUUGGAAAAGUGGAUUAAGGUGUACACGUCUAUUUAUUUCGUAGGCCAUGUGUUAUUCUUCACACUGCUGUUUACAUUGCCUUAUAUGCGAAAAAUAUUUGUGCCACGAAAAGAAAAGUUAAAGAAAACUGAGUAACGGCCAAAAGAUUGUACCAUGUGUGCAUUUAUUACAGGAUGGUUAAAGCGUCACCUGCCAAAUUUGCUGUGGACAAACUGUAUUACAGUGACUGGGGUGAGAGAGCACAGGGGUUAAGACCCCACACUGAGGGGAACAGGCUGCAGACCUCUGUACCCUUUCUACAGAUUGCCUUAUCUCAACGUCUCCCCAGACACUUCCACCUCUGCAGUGUCAGAUGAUUGUAAAGCACUUGAUCCAGCUGCCAUCUAGGAAUGGAGCAUCUGCCUGACUUUUUUACUUUCCAAUUCCACUAGAUAAAAUUGGUCCAAGUUGCUUUUUCAUUCAUGCUUCAGCUGCUUCUUUUCACCAGAUUUUGGAACCGGUACUAUUUUUCUAUUCUUACUAGUGUUAUUUGUAGCUUAUGGCAAAGAAUGAGGAACAUGGUUAAAUGUGAUAUACUGAUUCUUCAGAGGUUGACCUUUUCUCCUGUGUACACAUGAAGGUUACCCACUUUAUCUUCACACCUUGUUCUUGUGCCUUUAACGAUGUGCACCACAGCAACUGAGUACACUUCUCUUUUUAUACAGGCAGUUGCUUAUAUACAAUGGCAAUCCUGGUAGUUUCAGCAGUGGUGAGUACACUUUAGCCAAAGUGUUUGCUCGGAUAAUUCUAUUUUUCCUGAUCACUUGGAGGAGAUAAAUAGUUAUAGGAAUCUUUGCGAGGACAAGUGACAAAAUAGUAUGCAUAUCUUGUCAAUUUGGCUAUCACUGGGACUAGAUGAGGCUACCUCUGGAAACAGUGAUGGUAUUGCUGUUAUUCAAUGGUCUCUAAGUAUCCUCCAAAACUGUUUAUUUAACUGACUUGCUAUAGUUCAUGGAGAUACCGGGAAAUAUUUUUUAGAUUGGAGAUACAGGUGAAAUGACUGUCAUGAGACUUGCCAGUUCUAUGUGACUGUCAUGGCAAAAGCAUAGCUAAUCACAAAGGAAAAUUAGUCUCCAGGAAGUUUUCUAUAAUCCCAGAGGAAACUUUAAAGGGCCUAAAGAUAUUGAUACAAACAAAUAAGAUGCUAGAAGUUAGAGCUUUGUGCCAUACCAGUUUCCUAUUUAUUUUUUGAUUAAAAUAAUUUUGGGGAGGAAAAAAAGGUGGGAUGGGGAACCUGGUGGACAUGUACAGUAGUGGCCAAAAUUGUGGAAACCUUUUGGGAAAAGUGUAUUUUUGAGGUAUGAUGGCUAAUAAACCACAUUUUUUUUUGA